AUGGCAGCCAAACGCCCGAAUUUCCUCGUCAUUGUCGCUGAUGAUCUCGGCUUUUCUGACGUGGGCUGCUUCGGUGGUGAAAUCCGGACCCCAAACAUCGAUCAGAUCGCCAAAGAGGGGCUUCGGUUUACUGAUUUCCACGCUGCUGCUGCGUGCUCUCCCACGCGCGCCAUGAUCAUGACAGGUACCGAUCACCAUAUCGCCGGACUUGGAAACCUCAUCGAAUGGACCAACAUAUCCGGCCAGAACGGCCCCAAGGGAUCCGCCAUGAGCACCGCGCCCCAGCGCGGUAUGCCAGGGUAUGAGGGGUUUCUCAACGAGCGAGUCGUAGCACUACCAGAAGUUCUUCGCGACGGCGGCUAUCACACAAUGAUGUCGGGCAAGUGGCACCUGGGGCUAACGCCCGAGCGAUCACCACAUAAGCGCGGGUUUGAGCGUUCGUUCGCCCACCUCCCCGCCUGCUCGAAUCACUACGCAUAUGAGCCUGAGCUUAAAGACCAAGAUCAGAUUCCUACUUUUAUCGAGGCGAGUUAUAUUGCCCUGCAUAUGGAAGAUGGGGAGUAUGUGCGCCAUCUUCCGGAGGGGUGGUACUCGUCUGAUGGAUAUGGGGACAAGAUGGUCAACUAUAUCAAGGAAUGGAAAGAAAGUGGAGGACAUGCUGGGCCGGAUGGUAAUGGAGAUCGCCCAUUCUUUGGAUAUCUCCCUUUCACGGCGCCGCAUUGGCCCCUCCAGGCCCCUCGCGAGUACAUCGAUCACUACCGCGGCGUGUAUGAUGAGGGGCCCGAUGUGCUUCGUCAGAAGCGAUUGCAGCGUCUGAAAGAGCUGGGGAUGGUGCGCGAUGACGUAGAAGCGCACCCGGUGCAAGCGGAGGAAGUCAAACCCUGGGACGAGUUCAGUGACGAGGAGAAGAAGAAGUCGUGUGUCGCGAUGGAGGUAUUCGCCGGUAUGGUGGAGUGCAUUGACUCGAAUGUCGGCAAAGUUGUCGAAUACCUACGGUCGAUAGAUGAGCUCGACAACACCUUUGUCUGCUUCAUGUCCGACAAUGGUGCCGAGGGCGCUGCCUACGAGGCCUAUCCCAUGGUCCAGAACGGGGUUAUGCCCCAUCUCCAAAAGUACUACGACAACAGCCUUGAUAACCUCGGAAACGGCAACUCGUUCAUCUGGUACGGUCCGCGCUGGGCGCAGGCUGCCACUGCUCCAUCACGCCUGUACAAGGCGUAUACCACGGAGGGAGGCGUCCGCGUUCCAUUCACCUGCCGUUUCCCCAAAAACCUAGCUGUCAACCCGACCAAUGUCACGAACGGCAUCACCGAUCAGUUCGCAACAGUUAUGGAUCUGGCUCCUUCAAUCUUGGACAUGGCUGGACUCAAGCAUCCUGCACCGACGUACCAGGGCCGCGAGGUGGUGACUAUGCGCGGACGCAGCUUCCAGCCCUGGGCUGUUGGUGAGGCGGAGCGCAUUCAUCCAGCCGAUUUCAUCCAAGGCUGGGAAACGUGCGGGCGUGCUGCGCUGCGGUGCGCGGACUGGAAGAUCGUCUUUAUUCCCAAACCCAAAGGCCCGGAGAAAUGGCAGCUAUACAACCUGGUGCAGGAUCCUGGUGAGAUUCAUGAUCUUGCGGAUGCCGAGCCAGCGAAGCUGAAACAGCUGUUGAAGCUGUGGGAUCAAUAUGUCCUCGAAACAGGGGUGAUCCCGCUGUGUCCUGAUCUUGGAGAGUUCCUGGAGGCGACCGAGGCACAGAUGCCGGAGAAUGCAUGGAUGGAGUUUGACUACUGGAAGGAGGGAGCGAGGGAUGCCCCAGAGCAGUUUUCGCGUCAGCCGCCAAGAUUCAAACGGACCGAGAGGCCCUUUUAG